CGCGCAGCGCCUGCGCCUCAGCCAAUGGGAGCGCUCCCCGCGCCCCGCGCAGCCAAUGGGGGCGGGCCGUGCCACGGCGGUGGCAGUGGCGGUGGACUCGGGCCGUGCCGUGCGGCCGCCACCAUGCCCGAGUGCCCGGAGCUGCACCUGGCCGGGCGCUUCAUCAACGGGGCCUGCGGGGCGCUGGUGUUCGCGGGCGGCGUGGAGCGCUCGGCCGUGGGGCGCGGCCCCGAGGUGCCCUUCCGCAGCGAGGCCUACGGCAUCUCGGCCACAGCCCGGGGCAAGGAGCUGCGGCUGACGCUGAGCGCGCUGGACCCCGCCGCCGGUCCCCCCGCGCAGGACCUGGUGUUCCGCUUUGGCAUGUCGGGCUCGUUCCGGCUGUGCCCCGCCGCCGAGCUGCCCCGCCAUGCCCACCUGCGCUUCCUGACCCGGGAGAGCCCUCCCCGCGCCCUCUGCUUCGUGGACCCUCGGCGCUUCGGGUCCUGGCGCCUGGGGGACGCCUGGCAGCCGGAGCGCGGGCCCUGCGUGGUGUCCGAGUACCAGGCGUUCAGGGAGAAUGUGCUGAAGAACCUGGAGGACAGGGCUUUUGAUAAGCCCAUCUGUGAGGUGCUCUUAAACCAGAAGUAUUUCAAUGGAAUUGGGAAUUACCUGCGUGCUGAGAUCCUGUACAGGUUGAAGAUCCCUCCCUUUGAAAAAGCUCGGACCGUGCUGGAGGCCCUGAAGGAGCAGGAGCAGGAGAGGAGGAAGAAGGAUCCUUCCCUGACGCUGAGCAAGAAGGUGAAGCUGAGGCAGGAGAGCCCAGAUCUGCUGGAGCUGUGCCACAGCGUGCCCAUGGAGGUGAUCAUGGCAGAGAAGCAGCUCCUGGACCCCGAGCACCCAGAUAAUUACUCCAACUUUAAGAACUGGCUGCAGUGUUACUUGGUGCCCGGCAUGAGCUCCCUGCGGGACCGCAGUGGCAGGACCAUAUGGUUCCAGGGAGAGCCUGGCCCCAUGGCUCCCAAAGGGCAGAGACCCCGCAAGGCGCCCCGCAGGAAGAGCCCAGAGCUGAAGGCAGAGCCCGAGGCACCGAGCCCCAAGGUCACCCCCCGUGCCCCGAAGCAGCGCCGCAGGGCUGCAGCGAAACCCCCAAAGCUGGAGGAGAAGGAAGUGAAGGAAGAGCAGGAGGAGCAGGCUGGCAGGCCAAGGAAGGGACGUGCCCGUGGGAGGAGGACAGCGAGUGCUGCCCCAGCCUCGCCUGAGGUGCCUCAGCGUGUCAGGAGAAGCCGCCGCGCAUCCGCUCGCAGGGGCACAGGUGCAGCCCCUGCUGUGUGAGUGUCACCUGCUGCCACCUCCUGAGGGGCCAAGAGGAGCUGAGGCAGGGCCUGGCCAUGGACCAGGGUUAGUGCUAGUGGAAAUGGAGCUGCUCCCCACCUGUGCUCACACUUAUUUGCUGCUGUGCCAUCCUGCCAGUGUGGGAGAGAGAAGCUGAGCCUGGUGAUGGGGCUUUUUCCUGCUGUCCACAGGCAUUUCAGGGGAAAAAAGGGUCAGGUCCACAUGUUGUACUGGACUCUGACUCUUCCCUCUCCCUCCUCCCUUUCUGGCUGCUGACCAAAUCACUGUUUUUAGCUGACUAAUAAAGUAUUUUGUGUAGAAAUCACUGUGCAUGCCUUUUCAUGUAAAGGAUAAAUCCCUCUGUGCCCAGCCUCUUCUCCACAGGGGCUGGAGCAGGCUUCCCCUCCGCCUCAUCCCCCCAAAAUAAAGGUAAGUUCAACCUCCCCAGUGCCAGGUGUGAGGUCCUGCUCAGGCAGACACUAAAAGAGCAACUACAGCAAACACCUGGGAGGAGGCAGGUCAGUGCAGUUACCUGGAAACAGGUUAAUAAAACAGGCUGCAGCUUGUUUUUUAUGUAAUUCUCUUGAUUAUUUUUUUGUUUCCUCUUCUGCAAGGGCAGUGCAAAGGGCAGGCAGGGGGAGAAGGGAAGGAGUGGAGUUUGUUUUUACACACUGCUGGACAAGAUGAAGGCUGUGACACAGGAGUCACUGUAGAAGCUGCUGGUCCCCAAACCUCUACAGCAGGAGCAGGGGCCACCAGCCCGUCUGCAUCUUUGUCCACACUUAAAUGAGCUCAGAACUCACUCAAGACCACCCACCCUGGUCGGGCAGUGGGCAGCUGCCCUCCUUCCCUGAGGAGCAGGAUUGUUC